CCCGCCGCUAUGUCGCCGCCUCGGAGUCACGGCCUGCCGCUACCAUUUUCCCCUCCUCCUCGGUCCCGCUUCCUCCCGGGCCUCGGCUCGUGCUCCAGAAGAGCUGUCACAUCCGCCGGCGCCUCCUCCCCACCGCCGUCUCCUGCAGGAUGCCGCCGCCCUCUCCGCUACGCCGUGCUCGGCGCAGGCUUCGCGGGGCUCUCCGUCGCGUGGCACCUCCUCAAGCAUAGCCCCAAGGAUUCACGCGUGUCGGUGGACGUCUACGACGAGAACGGCGUAGGGGGCGGCGCCUCGGGAGUCUCGGGAGGGCUUCUACAUCCCUACUCGCCCAAAGCCAAGCUUCUCUGGAGGGGAGCUGAAUUCUGGAAAGAGAGUAUGGAUCUCCUGCGCAGCGCAGAGCAAGCGAAUGGAACAGCUGGAUCCGAGGAUGGCGCUAGGCAAGACGAUGAUGCCCUUAUCUGGAGAAGGGGAAUUCUGCGGCCACCUACGACAGAGAAGGCUGCUGAUAUAUUGCUAGAGAAUGCUCAGAGUUGCCUCCAGAGUUGCAGCCUUCAAGUUCUUGAUUCGGAUGCUGCACAACGACUGAUCCCUGGGUUACGUGUUCCGCUCAACCUUGCCGUUUAUAUGCCACUAGCGCUGAACGUCAACCCUAAGAAGUAUUUACAGGCAUUGUUCUGUGCAUGCCAAAAUAUGGCUGAGAAAGCAUCCGUUUCACCCACUGAACAGAAAGAGUUCAAGCUGUGCAAGGAACAUGUUGAUAAUCUACAGCAAUUGUCAGGUGAUUAUGAUUCAGUUAUCGUCUGCCUUGGGGCCAAAGCUACAUUACUUCCAGAACUCACAAAUAAGCUACCUCUUAGAAACUGUAGAGGAGUUAUUGCUGAAUUCCAGCUGCCAUUGGAGACAAUGGAAAAAUAUGGCAGUCAAAGUCCUUCAAUCUUAUCUGAUGCAUGGCUGGCUUUCCAAGGUCCCUGUACCGUUUCUAUUGGCUCAACCUGGCAAUGGAAGUCUGACAAUUAUGCUUCAAGUGUAUCUGAUGAUGAAGCUCUUACUGCAACACAAGAGCUGCUCCCAAAAGCUUCUGCCGUUUAUCCAGGAAUAAGUAAAUGGGAUUAUGUAGGAGCAAGAGCUGGGAUAAGAGCCAUGCCUCCACUGACAGCUAAUGGAUCUUUGCCUUUGUUGGGCUGUUUAAAUGACGUAAUAGGCGAGAGGAGCAAUUGUGCUUUCUGGCUAGUUAGUGGCCUUGGCGCCAGGGGCCUUCUGUACCAUGGUUUAGUUGGAAAGCUGACUGCCAAAGCUGUAGUUUCUGGUGAUGAAACCAUAAUACCUUCUGAGUUCACUUGCUGGAAGGUGAGCAAGGCUUAGCGUUGACCAUUGUGUUGUUCUACCAUGUUAUUUGUAGGAUAUUGGUAUUAGAGAAAAAGAAAGCCUUGAAGCU